UAUUAUUUUUUUGCCUUUUUCUAUUUUUUUUUUUUUUUUUUUUUCAAGUAAAAUACGACGAAAGAGGCGCAGGUGCGUGUUGCAGCAGUGAAAGUAUCCGAGUGCAGCAACGAUCUAGCAUCUGUCAAUGCCCUCUUGCACAGACAGUCUUAGUUUAGCAGUGCCAUUUAGUAGGUAUUCGCGAUUUGUGAGAUACUCGUCGAAAGGAUACAACGAAAUAAUAAUUCAAGCAACAUAAUCAUCGUCAUUAUUAUAAUUAUCAUUAUUAUUGUUAUCAUCAUCACCUUCGUACACAUUGUUAAAAGAAAAUUUCAACUUUCAUUUUGGGGGUGUAAAAAUUCGAGCAAACAUUUAAACUUUGAUUGAUUUUUAAUAUUGUAAAGAGAAUCAAAUUCUCGUUAUAAAAUUUUUCGUUAAAAGAAAAAAAAGGGGUUCAAGAUGUCGAUAAAAAAUCAACUAAUAGGAUUGCUGUUCAUUGUGUAUAGUAUGACAACAUUAUCGUUGGAAUCUAAUCCCGAAUACGUGAAACAAUGUUCUAGAAAUGAUCCUAAUUUAAAAAGUUGCUUGAUCGAUGCUCUUCAUCAUCUUAGACCAUACUUGAAAGAUGGCAUACCAGAAAUUGAAUUACCUCCUAUAGAACCCUUUCGUAUGGACGAGCUGACUCUCUCUCUGACAGGUGGUAAAAACGGUUACAAGGUUCAGUUGCGAGAACUUUAUGUAAGGGGAGCAAGUAACUAUACGGUCGAAGACAUUAAACUAGGUUCACCCUUCGAAGCUAUCAUUAGAAUGCCAGCCCUUGUACUUGAUGCUCAAUAUUCCAGUUCUGGUGUACUGAUCAUUUUACCAGCAAGUGGAAAUGGUACUUUCUUUGCACGUUUCGAUGACGUUCGAGCCCUUGUCAAGGGUGACGUAUCAACAACAACUCGUGACGAUAAAACUUACCUUCAUGUUGAUAAAUUGGACGUUGAUUUAGGCGUAAAAAAUGUUAAUAUGAGAGUAAAGAAAAUUUUUACAAACAGUAGAAUAUUAACUGAGGCAACCAAUUUAUUCUUGCGAGAAAAUGGACAGGAAGUUUUGAAAGCUAUGGAGCCACAAUUGAAAAGAAAACUAUCAGUUUUAUUUGCAGGAAUUGUCAAUCAGCUGUUACGUCAUGUACCUGUCGAGACAUUCUUAUUACCUUGAAACAAUCUUUUUAUUUUCUAAUAUUUCAUAUUUUUUUUUCUUUUUUUCUUUCGUAAUAUUUGUAUAGAAAAACAA